CUUAUACCAUACUGUUUCUAGUCCUAGUUAGAGAGAUGUAUUUUUUAAAUAAAAAGCCAUCUUUAAUGAAUAAGUUUCAGUAACUUUCCAUGCCAUUGGUAUAUAUAUGAAUGAAAGCGACUUUCAAUUCGCAUGCCCAGCUUCAUUGCUACGGCAAAUAGUAUCUGCUUGUGGAUUCGUCCACUUGAUCUCAUGCACAUGAUAGUUAUAGUAUUACGUGUGAUUCCUUCUGUCAUAUACAUAUAUACACUCAUUUUUCUUACAGUCAGAUUCUGACUCAAAUUGUUGUGAGUGCAAUGUAUGUCAAAUUCCCUUUAGCUAUAAAUAGAGCCACUCUUUGGCUUCUUUGGUAAAGCUUAAUCAAGUAUCUCCACGAGGACUGGUGGUUCUGUUUUGAUUUUGUUGCACCAGGCUAUGUGGAAGUAGGAGCCAAAUAUGAUGGGAAAGCUGCAGAAAUCAAUGGCAAAAUUGCCAUGCCCUGAAUCAAAUUGUCUGUCUCAUCACCAAGUAACAAUUGAGACAGUCCAUGGUGCAAAUUUGGCUUUGAGACAGGUGAAGUGUGAUGUUUGUAUGCAGGAAAAUAAUCAAGUGUGUAAUUGUGGUCAUGUCCAGAGAAUGCAGGUAAAUGGAAACGAUGGGGCCGAUCAUUCUUUCCUUCAUGCGGUCGUAAAUAUGAGUGCAAUGCUCAUAGGUCUUGGCCAGUUAUCAACUCCAUAUGCUCUAGAAAAUGGAGGAUGGGCUUCUGUUUUCCUGCUUGUAGGAAUUGGGGUUAUAUGCGCUUAUUGCUCUCAUCUGCUUGGAGAAUGUCUUAAGAAGAAUCCAAGUUCCCAAAGCUAUGUUGAUAUUGGAGAGAAUGCAUUAGGAAGAAAAGGAAGAGUUUUAGCAGCAACCUUCAUCUACCUGGAAAUUUUCAUGGCCCUUGUGUCUUACACCAUUUCACUCCAUGACAAUCUGAUCACAGUUUUCCCCGGGAACCGACUUAAGUUGCCAGGGGCUAAGCUGUCUACAUCUCAGCUGAUAACUGUGAUUGCUGUUUUGAUAGCGCUUCCAAGUCUAUGGUUGAGAGAUCUUUCUUCCAUAUCUUUCCUUUCAUGGGGUGGUGUCCUCAUGUCACUUAUUAUCUUCACAUCAGUGGUGUGCACUGCUAUUUUUGGAGGUGUUAAAGCUAACCACAGCAUACCGGUGCUACAUGUGAAAAAUUUUCCUGCCAUAUCUGGACUUUAUAUCUUCAUUUAUUCUGGCCAUGUUGUUUUCCCCAACUUAUACAAAGCCAUGAAAGAUCCAUCCAAGUUCACUAAGGCAUCUAUUGUCAGCUUUGCAUCAGUCACUUCACUUUACACUGCUCUAGCAUUCCUGGGUGCCAAGUUGUUUGGUCCACAAGUCAACCCUCAGAUCACCCUCAGCUUGCCCCAACACUAUUUUGUCACAAAAAUUGCAUUAUGGGCAACUGUAUUAACUCCCAUCACUAAAUAUGCGCUUGGGUUUGCACCUAUUGCUUUUCAGCUAGAGCGUAACUUACCAGAUUCUCUGAGUUCACGGAUGAAGUUGAUCAUAAGAGGCUGUGUAGGCUCCAUUCUUCUUCUAGUGAUACUAGUUCUUGCUCUUUCUGUUCCAUAUUUCGAGCACGUGGUUAGCAUCACUGGCUCCCUCGUAAGCGUCUGCAUUACCUUGAUUUUACCCUGUGCCUUCUACAUCAGGCUUUCUUGGCCUCAGAUAUCAAAAAGCCUCCUCAUUCUUAACCUUUCCCUCAUUGCUUUUGGUUCACUUCUUGGGGUACUUGGAACCAUUUCAUCAGCAAAGUUACUAAUAAAAAGCCUCGUGAGAGAUCACUCAACUUGACAGGGCAAGUCAUUCUGGUCGGAAUGCCAUUUCCUCUUGUCUGCUUAGUAUGGAAAAUAAUUGAGUCCUUGUGACAGAUUAGUUAAAUACCGGAAAGUAAAUUGGACUCUGAAGAAGACUGCGGUUUCAUUUUGCACCAUGAAUUUCUUAUCUUUUACUACUAUUUAUCAAACAUGAUAGUGUUAACAUCUGGCAGUUGAAGAGAUGAGUUGUUAAACUCUUCUUCUAUAUUGAAAUUCAUAAUACACCGCCUCUUUCGUAUAUUCUUCAAAAGGGUAGUUUUGUUUUUAGCUUCAAGAAAUUCUAGUUCAUGCAAAU